CUGACGACUAAUUAUCGUACAAGCAUCGCUUCAUAAUUUGGUGAAUAGCCCUGGGAGUGACGGGAAUUGAUUUUUGAUCUUAGCUUUGGCUCUGGAGGGCUCUGCAGGGAACGCUAUCUUGUGUUCCGUAACGUUGAUACCUCUACAGUGUAUUCUUGAAACAUUAACUGAUUGAAGCACCAUGAAGAGAAUGAUGAACCAACAUGCAUAUUUUCAAAAUGAGAGAUUUUCUGCUUUGCUCGAGGGAGACGAACAGGACGUCCUACGUGGAUGUUCAAUCAGCGAUAUAUUUGAAUCUCUGUCCGAUACAGUGCGAAGCGAUGGAAAACCAAUGCGAGAUGUAGAAGUAGUAAGAUUCGCUGAUAAAUCCAUCACAUUGAAACGAUUAAAUGAAACUGCGAAUCUAGUGGCCAGGAACUUAUUCAUUAAGUUAUGCAAGACAGGGUUCAAUGGACAUGAUAAUAACCAUGGUGAAUUCCUAAUAGGAAUCUGCAUUCCUCCAAGUAUAAAGCGCAUUGUGGGUCUGCUAGCUAUUAUGAAGCUAAACGCUGCUUAUGUCCCAUUUGAAACAGUGCUUCCGGGAGAAAGAGUAAGAUAUAUUGUGGAAGAAACUGACCUCCAAUGCAUCCUCACAGCGGAGACGUGUACUAGUUUCAUGCGUGAGACGAACAGCAACGGUGAUGUUAUGAUAUUUGAUUAUGAUGACCUCCUUCAAGAAGCAAAGUUUGCCUUUUUACCUUCGGACAAUCUUACGGUGGAGAAAUUCGGUGAGAAGCAUUCUGAUGGACUCGUUUGUGUGCUGUACACAUCUGGAAGCACUGGGUCCCCUAAAGGAGUUUGCCUUUAUAGCCACAAUAUUCUCAACCGACUAACGUGGUACUGGAAAGACUUCCCUUUCACGGAUAACGAAAUGGGGGUGCAUAAAACAUCGUUAUUGUUCGUGGACUCAUUGAGUGAGAUAUUAUCAUGUCUUUUGAAAGGGAUACCCCUGCUGGUGCUGCCAAAAGAAGUGGUGGUGAACCCUCAAACCUUUCUUCAAGUGCUCGACCAGCAUAAAGUGACCCGUCUUGUCGUUGUACCGUCUCUCUUAAGGGCAAUGUUGCUGUAUCUGUCCACACAGACGCAGAUUAACCUAAGACGCCUGAAGUUGGUAAUAUGUAGUGGCGAGGAGCUACCUUUGGAUGUUAUAGAAAAUUUCUUCAACCAGUUUCCCAGAGGACCAUCUUUGCUCAACUUCUAUGGAAGCACGGAAACAACAGGGGACGUCACAUAUGAAACGUAUAAGUCCCAAAGUGAUAUUUCAAAAAAUGUUGUAGAGGGUAGAGCGUCCAUUGGAAAACCCAUUACCAAUUGCAAUGUCUAUAUACUGGAUUCUAAUUUAAAAUUGUUGCAUGAAAACGAGUUGGGAGAAAUAUACAUAAGUGGUCUAAAUGUGUCUGGGGGAUACUACAAACGGGGUCACAUGGCGGGAUUUCAAACCAAUCAUCUGUUCGAUCGACCGGGUCAUCAGUUUUUGUACAGAACUGGUGAUUUCGCAAGAUUGGUAGAUGGUAGAAUCAUUUACGAGGGGAGACAGGAUAUGCAAGUGAAAAUCCGAGGCUACAGAGUGAACAUGGUGGAAAUAGAGAAGGCCAUCAGACAGAACUCAGCUGUUGACAAAGUUGUGGUCAUAACAAAUACAAAUCAGAAUAUGUCUGAACUUAUAGCAUUCUGCACGCCAAAUGGCUCUGCAAAACUCGAUGCGAAUCUAGUUGAGGAAGACUGUAAACGAUUGCUUCCAGCGUACAUGCUACCACGUGUUUUCAAAAUAGACGAGAUACCGUUACAACAACAUACUGGUAAGAUUGAUAGGCAAGCUCUCCGAGAAAAAUUUAAUGACAUGUUCAAAAGAAGAGAACGUCCAAAUCCACCAAACUCACUUUCUUCAGAAAGGAGUGCAAAGGACAAAGUAUUAGAUAUUAUUUGCAAGGAAUUAUUCAUCCAGCCUUCACAAUCAAUAAUGGGGCAGAACUUUUUUAAGAUCGGAGGAAAUUCUAUCAAUGCUAUUUCAACCGUUGUGAAGUUGAAAAAACAAGGUUUCAAUGUCGCUAUUGAUGAUUUUCUACGAGCAAGGGAUAUGGAACAAAUUCUGAAUCUGAUUGAUUCGUCACAGAACUGUGGUAUGAACCCAUCCUCACGAAAGAAAUAUCCAUCAAAAUACAAGGUAGAAUAUCUCACAAUGGCGCCAGAUAGAGAGGAACUGAUCCCCUUAUUCACAGAAGCGUUCGUAAAGAAAAACCCGCUUGACCAGUUAGUAGGCACAACCGAGAGAGAAUGGAGGCGUCUGAUCGCUAGCUUUUGGCGGGAACUCCUAGCAGACGACCUCUCAUUAAUCGUACGCGAUACUGAAACUGGUAGAAUUGUAGCUGGAACGAUAGUUUUAGAUAUCAGAACCGAGAUUGACCCCGAUUUUGCAAUGGCUGCUGUUGGCGCUAUUAACGAUGACGCAGAAGAUCCAGUAAAGCAGCGUUUGCUGAGGUCUGGGGGAAAAUACAUCGAUUCUGUUAUGAAUGCUGUUGAUGUAGGGAUCCAGGAUCACGAGAGUAUGCAGAUAUUACACCUGAUGGAAGAAAGUGUAAUCAAAGUGGCAAAAGACAGAGGUUAUGAUGGUAUAAUCACAGCAAACUCACAUCCCGUCACAAUGAAUCUUGAUGAACAUUAUUUCGGCUACAAAAUAGAGAAUUCGCUGCAUGUGAAAAGUUACGUGUACCACGGCGAACGACCAUUUUACAGGGCACCCGAGGACUACUAUAUCAAGGUUAUGGUGAAAUACCUACAUCAUUAGGUCCUAAUAAUGUCGCCGGAAUGAUGCGCUUGAGGAUCAUAUAAUGUGUUCAGACUAUAUUAAAAAAAGUCUCAUCUUCUGGUGAUAAAACAACUGUAAUUUGAUUAUUUUCUACCAUAUUGACCUUAAAAAAUUAUGAUUUAGAUGUUGCUUUUAUGUUAGCAACCCUUGCAAAUUUGAACUCAAGGAUUGGUGCUCUCCCUCCCAGGUGGCAUAUUUGUACGAAGAUCCUAUAUAUCAUAUAGGAGGUUCAUUCAUUUAAAAAAUGUCAGAGCGUUGGAUUAUGUAUUUACUUAUUCUGGAAGCGAAAGGAAAUGGUGAAAUCGUCAUUGAUCCUUUUGAAUGAUAGCGAAUGAUAGCGUAUAGCCAAGCAAAAGUGCAAUUGGUGAAUAGGUAGAUAUGUCCAGAUUUAUUAACUAUUUUAUUCGUCUAUAGGCAUGUUACAUCACAUGUAUCUUACAUUUAAUGGUCAAUAAAAGUAAUUAAAUAAU